GCGCCAUGAACUUCCUUCUUCUUCGUUUUCCUUUCUGAUAAUCGAGCCUUUUGUUUUAUCUUUUUGGCUGUCUAUCCUUUCACAUUUCAUUUCCGUUUUAUCAACAACCCGCUGAACAUAAACAUUAAUAUCCUCUCCACUUGAACAAAAAAAAUGGGCAACCAAGCGAGCAAAAUUGUGGAUAAGGCGAAAGACCGUUCAAACGACCGAAAAUCCAGGCACCCAAACCGUGCCCUGAGCGUAAAGUCAUCUUCGGCCGCAUCGACUUCUGAACAACCCCCACUACCCAGUAAAAGAAAUUUUGCAGAUACCACUUUUCAAGCAGUACCGCCCAAUCUGAAACCGAGUCGAAGUCAAAAAACGAAUAAAAAAGGUGUAGUAAUCGACCAGGAAGACUUCAAAGAGAUAGAUCGAUCGCAACGCCAGCAUUAUGUUUUGAAAAGCAUACGAAAGACGAAUCACUGGGUACCUUACACUCGUGACGGAGUUAUUCUCGACAUUGGCACUGGACAUGGCGAUUGGGCCUACGAAGUGGCGUCAACUUAUCCUAAAUCUCAAAUCAUUGGCCUGGAUCUCAACCCUCCUCAUGCGCCUGUCACCAUUCAAAACAACUUAAAGUUCAAGCACGUCGAUAUAACUCAGCGUUGGGACAUUGAAGAUAACUCUGUCGACUUCGUGUUCCAACGUGAUAUGAAUAGGGUGUUACUGAAAUCAGAUUGGGACCAUAUUUUACGUGAAAUGUAUCGAGUUACGCAACCAGGUGGCGUCUUAGAAAUUUUAGAAUCAGACUUAUUCCAUCACAAUUCUGGGCCAGUACAGGCGCAUGCUGACGAGUUUUACAAAGCUCAGUGCGAGCAUAUUGGAAGGGACUGCACCUUGGCCGAUCAUUUGGCGGCUGACCUUACCAACAUUGGGUUUAUCAAUGUGCAACAGAAAUCGCUGGAUAUCCCGGUAGGGGAAUGGCCUAGUGACCCCAAUCUAAAACAAAUUGGGUUCAAUAACCUUGAGCUACAAAGAUCGAAACUGCGAUCGCUGCGAUCCGCUUAUGUGGAAGGGAUGGGAUUAUCAGCAGACGAUUACGACGCCGCUAGCAAACUGAUCUUAUCAGAGUACGAGGAGUACCAGGGUUAUACCAAGUGGGUAUGCUGGACCGCUCAGAAGCCUUCAUAAACGACGAAGUCUCUCAUUGCUCUAUGUACAGAACAGUACGUUGUUAGCAACCCCAUUUUUAAAUUUUAUCCAUAGAAUCUAGAAUGCCUGCCGUUAAACCCCCUCCCUCCCCCACCAUAAUUAUUUAACCCCUUUGUUUCCUUUGACGUUUCAUAUUAACUUGUAAUUAGCAAGCAAAAGAAUAUAUCAAAUUUAAUAACCC